AUGAAAGACAAAAUCGUCAUUCGAGAACCUUUAUUCGUGGCACCAAAUGGGUGCAAAAGCAACGUGCUAAAAUAUGAACAAGACAACCCCUUUAACAAUGAAAGGAAGGAUGAGGCAAAUCUGACGAAUCAUAUAAACAUAAACCUACCUUACAAGAAAUGUGAAAGAUGGCAACAUAAUCAAAAUAGUGAAGAGACAACCACGCAACAUCCUCUGAAUUUAAACGAAAAGGAAAAUAUGAACUGUUUUGUUAACAGAAAUGACUUGAAUUUUAAUUCAAAUUGUCAAAAAAAUGUUAUACAGUGUUAUAGAAAAGGAGAAAUAAAUACACAAUACAACAUUAUGGAUAAUAUGUACGAUGUUCGUUACACAAAUAAAAGCAAUAAAAACUUAAACGAUUAUUUGAAGCAUGUAAAUAUUAAUCACACUGCUCCUUGUAUAGGUGAAUUUAGAACAUGUAUGAAUUGCUUUCUUAACAUUUCAACUGUGUUUUGUAAAACAUGUAACAUAUUUUUGUGUGCAAUAUGUAACAUAAAAUUGCAUAAGGAUACUCAAAACCAUAUCGUAAAUGUCGCUAGUAGUGGAUUAUAUGAAAACAAUUACGCAUACAAUCAUAUCAUAUUGAAGGAAAAAGACAAAUGGUUAGUCGAAAUGGACAGUAAUAUUCCAAUGAAAGUUAAAGAAAAAUGUCCUAUUCACACUAAUGAAUAUGUAAAAUAUACUUGUAAAACAUGUAUGUAUACUCUUCUAUGUACAGAUUGCUUGUUGAACGAUCCUGUGCAUGUACAGAAAAUUACACAAGUAGAAAAAGGAAAAAACAAAAAAGGAAGUGUCGAAGCUGGAGGGGAUAUUGAAACCAUGAAUGAGACAAGCUGCAAAUCUGGUACUACGUGCGUAGUUCCUAAUAAUAAAAACGAACGUGUUGCAUCCCCAACUGAUUAUAGUACAUGUCCAGAAGUGGAACCAAAAAAGAGUAAUCAAAUGAACUGCACUCAUUCUACACAUCAUCCUGAUCAAGGUAAUCCCAUUAGGGAAGGAGAAAAAAAACAAGUUAUUGUCAGAAUCAAUAAAUCGGAAUCUAAUGAAAUAGGAGAAACAACAACGAACAAUCCAGGUAUAAACGAGAACGAUAUAAUUAAUCUAAAACCUGGGUUCAAAUUAAUCCGUGGGAGUCAUGAAAUAUACACUUUAAUAGAUGCAAAAAACGAAAUUAAAAAAGAAUUAAAUGACAAAUUAGACAUAUUAUGUAAGAAAUCGCUAAUUGUUAAGAAUGCAAUACCAUCUCUAAAGAAUAUAUAUAAGUAUGGAAAAAUCACAUGCAAAAAUAAUAAGAGAUCUAUAAGAGCUUCCUUCACAAUUACAAACAACUUUUUAGAAAAAAAAAAAAUGGAAAUGCAUGAACGCUUAAAAUUGAUACAAGAUAGAAGCACAAAUUUUUUAAAAAAGCUAGAUGAACAAAGAAUGAAUUAUCAUAACUAUUUAGAAAAAAAAAAAAAUGAAAUUCAACACAUGGUAAAAUUAAGUAACAGAAAUGCAGGGCUCUCCCUAGAUUAUUAUGUACAAAAAUUGGAAUCAUUUAAGUGUCUAUUCUUUACAAAAGAUAAUCUAAUAGACAUCAAAGAAAAACUGGAAAUUCCGCAUUCCAAAAUAAAAUCAGAAUAUUUACCUUCAUUAACUGAAAAUAUGAAAUUAGAAAUUGGAAAAACGAAAAAAAAUGUUAAUGAUAUAUCUGAUCGAAUUCAGAAGGAAUUUCAGAAACUCCUCAAUUGUGACACUGAAGUUCCUAUGUAUCCUUCACAUUUUAAAAAGUUUAUACAGAAAAGGAUCUACAACAAAGACAGGUUACCACCAGUAACUAGUGAUGCAAAGAGGAGGCAAAAAUAUUUCCAUGUCCUACCAUUUACAGAUUUGUAUAUGAACAUGGACAUAAUAUAUCAGCAACAGUUUUGGAGGAAAGAUUCCUUACAUCAGAGAUGGGAAAGCAGAACAGUUUCUCUUCGUUCCAUAUAUUUGUGCAUACACACGCACGCACAUUUGGUUCACUCUGUGGGCCCUACUGGUGCUGAUGGGGAGAUGCACUUUGGUGCCGAUAAGGAAAUGUGCAAGGAUGGGCAGGAAGAAAUCCCCAAUCCCAAGAACCAUGAGAAUGACACUUCAAAUAAUGAGCCAUGUGGAAGCAGCCACUUCAUAUCAAAAAAUAUAAUAAACAACUUCAGCAAUGAUAUUGAAUCCAUCAUAAGUAUUGCUAAUGUAAGCAUCAAAUUGUUUACAAAUUCUGAUAUAACAAAUAUAACCACAUUAGAAAAACGAAAUUACCCAUACGGUAUAGAGAUCACAGAAUACAAUGAAAAAAAAGACUUAAUUGGUUAUUGGUUAUUAACAAAAAAAAAUGAAAACGAAAUAAAUGAACUUUUUAAUAUACUUAUGAAUAUAAAAAAAGAAAACAAAUCAUCAGCUCUUGUUCCUUCGUUUCAUCCUAAAAUAAAUAUGCACAAUUCAAUGUUUCAAUUUAAUUAUGACAAUGUAAAUACAAUAUAUAAACAUUUUGCCUCGAAUUUAGUAGAACAUCCAUUUAUGUAUCACACGAAGGAUAAUUCCCAAGUUAGUAAUAAGAAUCAAACAAACAACUUGAACCCUAUUCAUCAAAUUAGACAAGAUGGUAGUAUAGAAACUUUACUAAGUAGCGAUACAAGCAAUUAUGAAUACGACAGAUUGAUGAGAGAUUCGAGCUUGUUAUAUUAUUAUGAUGGUAUAAAGAGCUCCGAAUUUUAUAAAAAUGUUAAGAGAUAUGAAAUUGAUGAUUUUAUUACUGAUCAGAUAAACUUAUCAGAAUCUAUAGAUGAAAACACAUUAGCAGAAAUCAAAAAGAAUCUGCAGGAAGAAUCCCAAAGCUUGGAAUCUUUGAAUCCCUUUUCGCCACAAAAAGAUGCAUGGGAAAAAACAUUAUCAGCACAUUUAGCACUUAACGCACAAGUGGAAGGAAAAUCUAAAAAGCUAACCUUGAAUCCGAGUCUGAACCCGAAUCUGAACCCGAAUCCGCAUAACGAAAGUGAAAGGAUAAAUGUGCAAAUGAACAAAAACCAUUACGAAAAUUAUAAACUUAAAAAGGAAAAUGAAAGUGUUUCAAAUGAACAUGGCUCAGGAAGAGAAGGGAAAAAUAAAGGAGCCAUGUUACGCACCCUAGUAAAAACUCCUGAAAAAUGGAACGUAUAUCCACCAGAUGUACACAUUGAUGCUGUGAACCAUAAUCUGGUUCAUGAGGAAAAGCAUUUUCUCUCAUUAAAUAUGGAUUGGAAAUUUCCACAUGGAAAUUAUUCACUGGACGCAGACAGCAACAGUGUGCAUGGGGUACGGACUAAUGAUGAAGACACAAAAGGGAUAUCUGUAAAAUCUAUGGACGAGAUGGGUUGGGAGAGAAACGGGAAACUUGAAAAUGAAAAUACAGACAAGAGGAAAAGAGAUCAAGCCAAAUUUUCUCCUCUCCCCUCCGACCCUACUUCUUCCAUUCCCAAUUCAUGCGCUCUCAAUUCCUCCACUCAGACUUCUAGCCCUACUUCUUCCAUUCCCAAUUCCUUCUCCCGUGAUAAUCCAAUCAGUGGCCCAUUGUAUGGACAAAAAAUACAGAAGAAAGAAGAUCUAAAUAAAAAUUUGUCGACGAUGUGCAAUGACGUUUUUUCCCCUGAUUCAGGUGUAGAACCAAGUGAAGCAAUCGAAAUCGAAGCAAUCGAAAUGGGGGAAACCAAAAAUGAAGCAAUCAUCGGAGAAGGAAAAAAGCAUGGUAGAGACUGCAAUGGAAGUGGAAGUGGCACCCACGCGAACACAUAUGAUAAACAAAAGGAAAAUUGCAAUAAUUGGAACAAACACAUCGUGGGAAUUGCCACAGAAUGUCUAGAAAAUGAUUUCUCAAAAAGGAAUAGCAGAAAAAAGGAGGGGGAAAAGGACUCUGAUUAUAUAACUUACAUAGACAAAGAGAAUAGCAAAGAAGAAACUUCUCCACAUGAAACGGAUAACAAAAUGUACCAUUCGAAAAAUAUGCAGGUUCUUAAAAACACAACGUUGAAAAAUCUUACAACAAUGGAGGAAGUUAAUUAUGAUAAGCAGUUAAUCAGAUAUACAGAAGGGGAAUAUAAGAGGGAAAGCAAUACUUCCGAUGGUUUAGAAGAGAUACACAUGAAAACUGGAGAAUUAUUCAGAAUUGAUGAAGUUCAGAAUUUUUUGGAUAAAAUAAAUUUAUCACAUAACACAAAUCAUUAUUCCUCUAAUUUGGAAGACACUAAUCAGAAGGAAACAAAAAUUCAAUGCAAAAAUAAUAUGCACCAAAAGUGUAAUCUGAGGGAGACAGAAAAAAAGAAGGGUCAUGUAGGGAAAAAUGACGUGCCGUUUUACAGCCAAGAGGGGAUAACAAAGAACAGUGCAACUGAAGAAUCACAAAUAACUAGUGCUCCUAAUUGUAUGAACAGAAGGUCCUACAUGAACCUUAACAAAAGGGUAAAUUCUGAACACGUUCAGCAGAUUUGCGCCUCUCAUAUCAAGAAGGUUAGUACUAGUAGUGGUGACAAUAGUAGUGGCAAUAGUAGUGGCAAUAGUAGUGGCAAUAGUAGUGGCAAUAGUGGUGGCAAUAGUAGUGGCAAUAGUGGUGGCAAUAGUGGUGGCAAUAGUGGUGACAAUAGUGGUGACAAUAGUGGUGGCAAUAGUGGUGACAAUAGUGGUGACAAUAGUGGUGACAAUAGUGGUGACAAUAGUGGUGGCAAUAGUAGCGCUAGUUGCAGUGGAAUCCCUUUGCACAGUAGGAAUAGGAAAGCGUUAAGUUACUCGAUCUUGGAAAAUUCAAGUGAAGUGAAACCAUUUUGUGGUACACAUGCGAGGGAAAAAAAUACCAAUCCAUGUUCUGAUUCAGAAGGUUCUUCCUUGAUUAGAUGUGAAGAACACAAUGUAAAAAAUUCAACACAAGUGGACAUUUCCAACCAAAGGAUGAGUUCAGAAAAAGGAGACUACUGUUUUACUGAAUCUGAUGGUAAAAUAGCUAUCUGUCAUAGUAAACUCAUUAUUCGGAGUCAUAAAAGUGGAGAAGGGGCGAUAGAUAUGGAAAAUCCCCAAAAGGGUAAAACAAAUAGGAGAGAAGAGAUGAACGUUGGUUCUCUAAAUGAACCUCAAUGGAAGAAAAACACUUGUUAUUUAAACAUCAAUUCUGAUAAGAAUGAAGAUAUGGAUCGAAAUCAGAUGGAAAUAUGUGAUAAGGUAAAUCAAAAGAUUCAUGAUGAGAAAAUAUAUAAGGAAGGUGAUUCGUAUUCACAAAAAAAUGAAAUAGGUGAUAACUUAUCAGUAGAGGUAAAAAAGCAGAAUAAUUGUAAAAACCAUUUGGUUAUGUUUAAUAAUCAAAAAACACUUGUAAGGUCUACAUCUUUUCUCAUUAAUGGACCCACGAAAAUCAUUGGAGGGGUCCAAUAUUUUAGUGGAAAAAUAAAAAACAAGACGGAGCGGUUUAAGCUAGAACUUGGAGAAAAGCACAAAAUACCUCCCCCAAAACGGAAGAGAAAUUGUGGAAUUCAGAAUGGAACUGUACUUAGGUGUGGUGAUAAAAAUGGUAGCGAAAGCAGAAAUAAAAGCACGCAUAACAGCACGGGUGCUCAUGUCAAAUCAAAUGACGAGGGUGAUACAUCAAAUGAUAACAUCCCUGCAUGUGUGAUAAAAUGCGUGCUCAAUCAAAUAGGGAAUAAAAAGUUUGGUUCUUAA